GUUAAUAAAAGAAAAUAAACAAUGGAAGAGGAUUACAAUGCAGAGGAUUACCCAUAAAUCUAUGGUCAGAACAAUGCUUCGGAAAAAUUGUGGCUACAAUAGGGACACUAGUUUCCAUAGAUGAAAAAACUUUGAAUUGGGAAUGUUUAGAAUUUGCGAGAAUAAAAGUAAAGAUCCCGAUCGGAGCGAGAAUUUGGAUUCAAAAAAGCAUGAAGAUAAAUGGGGAAAUCUAUAACGUGGUUUUAGAAGAGGAUUUCAAUGAAGGAGAACAAUAUACAUGCUGUUGUGCUAACACCAGUAAUUCGUCUUCAGAUUAUAAUACAAGCUGCAACGGGUCCUUUGAGUUGAGUUCAGUAUCAGGAUGGAGUGAUAAUGUCAUCUUGCAAGAUUUUGAGAUGGAAAAGUUGAUAGAAGAGCAAACGGUCCAAUCACCGGCUGCCAUAAUCAAUCGGAGCAUCCAAGAAGCAACGGAGCAGUCCAGUGGGAACGAUAACGUAUCUAUUUUUGACCGUUGUGGGACGAAUGCUGGAAAUGGUAGGAUUGAGGAUAAGUUGGAGGAUGUACUGAACGAGUCAGAACCCCUAAAUAUGAAUAGCCUAAUUAAUACCUCUGCAACGAAGAUUGGAAUCACAAAUCCUCUUACUUGUGAUUUUGGGCCAAUAUUAGGGGCAACCCAAUUUGUUGAUAAGGAUCCUGUUGAAUCUAUUGUCAAGGAAACACAAUUGGGCCCUAAUAAUGAUUACUUAGGCUCGGUAAACAUGAACCAUGACACGACUCUUACGGGACCAACUAAACAUAACCAUCCAUCACAGAAAUGCGACCUACAACCAAGAUGUGAAAGCAUAGGUUUUGAUCAUCAAAUCAAUAGGGCUGGAGCGUCUGAUCAGGAAACAGGAAGCCAAGAUUGCAGCAGAAACCCAAAGUUGAAUCACAUGACGUUAAUCAAGGAAUCAAUUUUGGACCCAAUAGACUUCCAGGAGAGGCGGCAAUUAUGGGUUGGAGAAUCAAGUACCAAACAACCAACAACCAACAAUUGCAGAGUGAAGGAGAACAGUAAGGCUAGCAAACGGAAAAUUCUCAGUGUGAUAGGUAAGCAAAUGCAGGUUCCUCAAGUGAAGGGAAGAAAGUGUCAUAAUGCAAGGCUUAACUAUAGCGAUGUUGUAAGAUCCAGUCUGCAACACAUCAGACAUGGCUGAGUUCUGUAGCUAUGGAACUGCACAGUAGUAGUGCUAGAGGGGGCUGACUGCUGCUAUAUCAGAGGCAACAACUUCAUAUCUGCAAUAGAGGGGGCCGUAUGUCAAUAGUUUCAUAGAUGUUGCAGAGCCUUAUGUGUAGUGUCAUGGUGAUAUACUAAGGCUACAUCUUUGUUCUUGUUAGGUUUUGGUUGAUGGCUCUCUCUUGCUAAUCUAUACAUCAACACUUACAGAUUUUGUUUUUUGUAUAAGGGUUAGAGCACUCCUUAAGUGCUCUACUUAAUUAAAUUUUAUUCUUUGUUGAU